GUUGUUCACGGUGGGGGUAACAUCGUUUGUCAGUUGUUUUCCGUAAGUCCGCGCUCGUGGACGGGCGCAUGAAACCAACCCCCAACCCCUUUGUCAAGUUCCCCGACUUUAUGGUUUCUGCCCCCGUGAGAUCAAACGUUCAGAGACUGGCGGGCCCGACAAAAAUUUUCACCUUCCGUACGAUAUCCCUUCUGAUUCCAAUCUCGUCGAUCUCGUUAACAUAAUACCCUGUUAAUUUCCAACGUUCGCAUUGAUCCGUCAUUGUCGGUAUGAAUGAUGAUGGACGUGGAAGAAACCAAUACCGCGUCCACUGCAAGUUCCUCACCAAGACCCUCCAGCCCUGCGGCAGAUUCGACUUUCAUCAGCGUGAAGAGGGAGCCGAGCACGGAAGAGCCCAGCAGCCCUCUCGAGGCAACGAGUCCUGCUUCCAUCCUGCGCAACAACAACGAGCAACAUUACGCGGCUGCCGAUUCGAACAGUUCGACGCCCGCGAAGAGUUUCGUGGCCUGUAGAGUUUGCGGUGACAAAGCGAGCGGUUAUCAUUACGGCGUAACCAGCUGCGAGGGCUGCAAA